UGUGUGUGAAUGGGUGAAUGAGACACAAUGUGAAACUUUGGAUUUUAAUGUGCAGACCAUUUACCAUUACACAUUCUUAUUUUCUUAUUUAUUAUUAAACACGUAUUUCUACUUAAUUAUUAUUAGAUUCUUAUUUGCUGAUGAUGUCAUCCAAUUGAGGCUGCAUUUGAAAAGUAAAUAGUUUCGGUUUCCAUUCCUGAACCUAUGGGUGGGGAAGUUAACAGCUUAUAUCCGUGUCAGCGCAGUGUCUCCGAUCUGUUUUCACACUGUGAUGUACACAGAGACUGACCACGAUGAGUUCAACACAAGACAUCAUUUUAGAAACGAAACUUAAUCAGCUGGAAUGCCAUUUUACCUGGGCUCUGAAUGAAAAUGAUACAGAUCUCACCGAUCUUCUGAACAGGCUCGAAGAACAGCUUAACCUGGAUCUUGGAAGGGAAGAAGGAGUUGCGCGCACACACAGCUGUAUGGGAUAUGUGAAGUUUCUAUUAGGCUCCAAUACUGAGGCUCUCAACAACUUGGAGAGAUCUGUAGAGCUCACCAAGUCUCGUGGAAAUGACUGUGACAAGCUGCUUGUUGUUGCCUAUGGAGACCUUGCUAGGUUGUACUAUAUUAUGGGUAAUUUUGCAGAAUGUGAAAGCUACCUGAAUAAACUGAGCGAAAUUAAAGAGAAAUAUCCAUGUGUCCCAUACGCCGAGGUGCUUGGAGAAAAAGGAUGGACCUUCCUCAAGUUUUCUUGGAAAUAUAAUGAAAGGGCCAAAGAGUGCUUCAGGAAGGCCCUGGAGCUGGACCCACUGGAGGGUGAAUGGAAUGCCGGCCUUGCCAUUGCUCUGUAUCGGGCAGAGGAUAUGCUCGAAGAUCCAGUGGUAAUUGAUCAACUUAGACGGGCCAUAGCCACUAACCCAGAUGAUGAUGUUCUUAAAGUACUGCUUGGUUUGAGAUUGGUUGCUCACAAGAAGUAUAGCGAGGCAGAGAGCCUAGUGGAGCAAGCCUUAAAGAGGUCUCCAGAACACCCCCAUGUGAUGCGAUAUGUUGGGAAGUAUUUCCGGAUUGAAGGAUCUGUGGACAGGUCUAUUGCCCUUCUAAAGAGAUCGUUAGGGAAAGAGUCCAACGCAGGCUUUAUACACCAUCAGCUGGGGCUCUGCUAUAAGAAAAAGAUCCUGAAUCUGAUGCAAACAGGAAGCCACCACACAAAAGGUGCUGAAAUUAAGCGAGCUCGAGAGCAGUGUAUUUAUCAUUUGGAGAUGGCAACUGAACUGAAGACCAGCUUCAUCAUUGCUAUGAAUGAACUGGCCCUCCAGUAUGGGGCGAAUCAGGAUAUGUCAAGAGCAGAAGAAAUGUUCCAGAAUACAUUUAAGGCAGCUAGAGAAAAAAAAGAUAACUACCAGUCUGUUCAUCACUAUUAUGCAGACUUCCAGCAGUACUGUAUGAAAUGUGAGCCUGCUGCCAUCAAACACUACACUGAAUGUUUGAAGAUAAAUCCAAAUACAUAUCAUGGGAGUAAAAGUGCUAAAAGUCUGCAAAGGAUUGCAAAGAGAAGAAUUGAGAACAACCCAAGGGAUGGAGAGGCCUUUGGAAUACUUGGAAUCAUUCAUAAAGAAAAAGGAGAAAAACAACAAGCCAUAGAGUGCUUUGAGCAAGCGCUGAGCUUUGUAGACAAUGAGGAUUACCUCACAGAUCUUUGUGAACUUAGGCUUUCAUUGGAGUAAUAUUAUCAAUAUACAAUAUGAUACCCAGACAAUGAUUUAAAAAUAUUCAUGAAAUUUAAUGGCAACCAAUGUAGUAUCUUGUAAUAAUAUAUGUACUGUGAAUUUAAGAUAAUUUGUUCAUUAUUAUAUUUGAUCAUAAUUAUAUGUAGUAAUGGAAUACGAUGGCUGCUUUACUCACUAUUAAUGUUUACUACUAAUGUCUGCCCUGUAUUUCAAUUCUGAAAACCACUUUCUUGUAACUGUAAUUAAAGCACUUUCAACUAUUUUAAUAUGAUCUUUUCUGUGGAGUGAACGCAGGUGGAUAAAAGUCAGUAAAGUGUUAAAUACACCUGGUCAUGCAACCUGGAUGUCUAGUAAACACAGCUGUUUGCCAAGUUGUACAUGGUCACACACUGCUGAUGGCUUAAUACAAGACACUUGUACAAUGCAUUUGGGAAUGACAAAUGUAUUGAGUGUGGAUAUACACACAAACAUGAUUACUGUGGAAAUUAAAGCGAGCAGGACACUUUAUCUGUGCUUAGGUAAUAAAACAUGAUAAAGGGAACAAAAUCAGAAUAUUCUGGAGACACAUCAGAAAUUAAUAUCACUAAGUAAAGUAGCAGAGUUCUUCUUACAAUACAAAAUAUAUUCUAAGACACUGGAAAUUAAAAACAAAACCAUUGACCUAUAUUCUAUCUGGAUAGCACUUAUAAUCUACAUACACUCAAAAAAAUUAUUCAGGCCCUUCAUAGAUAUGAUGCUGUGACGAUACGGCCAGCAGAUGGCACUGUGGCUCGUCUUCGGUUGAGUCACAUGACUUUGUUUUGGUUCGCUCGCUUCCAGCUGAACAUUUAGUGAAGUGACUUUCAUUUGCCACAGGUGUCUAUGUUUUGAGUUUGAUUAUGUUUGGGAUUUAAACGCCUUGGUUACUGAACACGGCGCUCAGUAUUAUUGGUUGUAUUAUUUGUGUCGGU